AUGACAACUCCCAAAGUUGAGGAAGAAGAUUGGCGGCGUCAUAAUAUAUUCCGAACACGAGUCCAAUGUGGGGGAAAGGUGUGUAACGUGAUCCUUGAUGGAGGAAGUAGUGAGAACAUCAUCUCAAAGGAGGCAGUGGAAAAACUUAAGUUACCGAUUGAGAAGCAUCCUAAUCCCUACAAGGUUGCAUGGUUUCGAAAGGGGAACGAAGUACCAGUUACUUCAAGGUGUUUGGUUAAAUUCACUAUUGGUAAUACUAUUGAUGAUGAAGUGUGGUGCGACGUCGUUCCCAUGGAUGCAUGUCAUAUCUUAUUAGGAAGACCUUGGUUGUUUGACAAAGACAUGAUUCACUACACUAAAGCCAACACCUAUGUAUUCCAUCAAGAUGGGAAGAAAUUGAGCUUGCAACCACUCAAAGAAGUGAACAACAAUCCUAAGGUAACCAAAGUCAGUGGGUUUUUAACAGGCCAUAAUUUUGAACAAGAGAGCAAAGAAAUGGGAAUUAUGUAUGCGCUUGUUGCUAAAGAGAUAGGAGCUGAUCAACUGCUGAAAUUUAAUGAGUUUCCGAAAGAAAUUCAGCACAUAUUAAUGGAAUUCCAAGAGCUAGUUGGUGAUGAAUUACCACAAGGUUUACCACCAAUGAGGAGUAUUCAACAUGCUAUUGAUUUGGUGCCUGGAGCAGCAUUACCUAACCUUCCUGCAUAUCGGAUGCCACCCACCCAACGAGCUGAAAUUCAGAGGCAAGUAGAAGAUCUAAUUGCUAAAGGGUUAGUGCGUGAAAGCAAAAGUCCAUGCGCAGUUCUAGCAUUGUUAACACCAAAGAAAGAUCAAACAUGGAGGAUGUGUGUGGACAGUCGUGCCAUUAACAAGAUUACAGUGAAAUACCGGUUCCCUAUCCCUCGAUUAGAAGAUAUGCUUGACAUGCUGGCAGGAUCUAAGGUGUUCUCCAAAAUUGAUUUGAGAAGUGGGUACCAUCAAAUUCGCAUGAGGAGCGGUGACGAAUGGAAAACAGCUUUCAAAACUCCUAAUGGCCUUUACGAGUGGUUAGUGAUGCCAUUUGGACUCUCCAAUGCUCCAAGCACAUUUAUGCGAGUCAUGACUGAGGUAUUAAAACCUUUCUUAGGUUUAUUUGUGGUGGUUUAUUUUGAUGACAUAUUAAUAUAUAGUCAAACUUCUGAAGAGCACUUAAUCCAUUUGCGGCAAGUUCUGGAGGCCCUUCGGAAGGAACAACUUUAUAUAAAUCUUAAAAAGUGUUCCUUCUUGAGCGACAAAGUUGUAUUCCUAGGCUUUGUUGUUUCAACUAAUGGCUUGCAAGCAGAUCCUGAGAAGAUAAGAGCUAUUAUGGAGUGGCCAGUGCCACAAUCUGUGGGUGAUGUUCGGAGUUUUCAUGGAUUGGUCUCGUUUUAUAGGAGGUUCAUCCGUGGUUUCAGCUCUAUUAUGAAUCCGAUCACUGAAUGCUUGAAACAAAACAGCUUUGAAUGGUCAAAGUCAGCACAAAGAGCUUUUGAACAAAUAAAGGUAUUGAUGACAGAAGCUCCAGUACUUACUUUACCAGAUUUUGAGAAGUUAUUCACUAUUGAAUGCGAUGCAUCCCAUGUUGGAAUUGGGGCUGUUUUGAGUCAAGAAGGCAGACCCGUGGAGUUCUUUAGUGAGAAGUUGUCUGGUGCUAAAUGUCGCUAUUCUACCUAUGACUUAGAAUUUUACGCUUUGGUUCGGGCAAUUCAACAUUGGGAGCACUACCUCGCUUAUAAAGAAUUCGUGGUUUACUCUGAUCAUCAAGCUUUAAGGUACUUGAACUCUCAAAAGAAGUUGAAUGCUCGGCAUGUCAAAUGGAGUUCAUAUCUUCAAGAAUUCAAUUUUUCUCUCAACUACAAGACGGGUGAAUCUAACAAAGUUGCGGAUGCCUUGAGCCGAAGGAAUCUAUUAUUAACAACGAUGAGUACCCAAGUUAUUGGCUUUGAGGAGUUAAAAGAACAAUAUGCUACGGAUUCAUAUUUCAGCUCUAUAGUUUCUGAACUCCAAGGUCCAACAGGUUGGAAGAUGUUACCAUUUCGAAUGCAUGAUGGGUAUUUAUUCAAAAGAAAUUUGUUGUGUAUUCCCGAGGGAUCAUUACGUGAACAAAUCAUUAGGGAGCUUCAUGGCAAUGGAUUAGGAGGACAUUUUGGAAGGGAUAAAACAUUGGCUAUGGUGACUGAUCGUUAUUAUUGGCCUGGGAUGUACAAGGACGUUGAUAGACUUGUCCGUAAGUGUCAAAUCUGUCAGUUUGGCAAAGGAAGUUCACAAAAUACGGGUUUAUACACGCCCUUACCAGUUGCAGAAGCCCCUUGGGUUCAUAUUAGUAUGGACUUUGUGUUAGGACUUCCGAAAACAGCCAGAGGACAUGAUAGUCUUUUUGUCGUGGUAGAUCGCUUUUCCAAGAUGGCACAUUUCAUUCCAUGUGCUAGAACAGCAGAUGCUACACAUAUAGCUGAUUUAUUCUUUAAAGAAGUGGUGAGACUACAUGGUGUGCCAACAUCUAUCGUUUCAGAUAGGGAUGUUAAGUUUACUGGGCAUUUUUGGAGGACUCUUUGGAGGAAGUUUGGAACUGAUCUAAAGUAUUCUAGCACUUGUCAUCCGCAGACGGAUGGUCAAACUGAAGUAGUAAAUAGAAGUCUGGGUAAUAUGCUAAGGUGCCUUGUUGGAAGCAAUGUCAAGACAUGGGAUUUGAUCAUUCCACAAGCUGAAUUUGCAUACAACAAUUCUGUGAAUCGAUCAACAAAGAAGACACCAUUUGAAGCUGCUUAUGGACUUAAACCUCAACAUGUUAUUGACCUAGUUCCACUUCCACAAGAGAUGAGGGUGAGUGAUGAAGGAGAGGGUUUUGCAGAUCACGUGAAAAGAGUGCAUGAGGAAGUAAAGACAGCUAUAAAGGCUAGUAAUGAGUCAUAUGCAGCCGCUGCAAAUCAACAUCGGAGACUCAAAGAUUUUGAAGAAGGAUUUGAUGAGGAACCAGUUUCAACAGAGGCACAAAUCCAACAACUUCCAAAGGCUCACCCUGAAAUUGUUGAAGAUGUGUUGGAUAUCAAAGAGGUAAAGUCAAGGAGAGGUAACCAGUAUAGGCGGUUCUUAGUGAAAUGGUUGGGUAAGAACGCUACUGAGAGCACGUGGGUUCCUGAAGAAGAAUUAAAGAGGAUUGAUCCAGAAAUAUAUGCUGAAGUUGUUAAAGCUUUCUCACCAGAGUCGAGUUCUUUCCAACCGGUGGAGUUGAUGCAGGAGCAUCAAUCCUAG